AUGGAAGGUGGAGACGAGCGACCAUACCGGUCACACACGAAGCCUGCAUGUAAUCCUUGCCGGCGGAGAAAGUCGCGAUGCAAAAUUGAGUCGCACACCACAACUUGUCUGAUGUGUCGGGCUCAUGGCACAGAGUGUACAUUUCCCAAUGUGAGAGCCAAAAUAUUACCCCCAAAAAGAUCAUCCGCGGAAUGUCCCCCAAUCCUACCCCAUCCGACUCUACGAGCGCCAAUUGUAGCUGCUCCGCUGUCUGUCGUUCCAGCUUCACCGCAUUUCUCGAUUCCCACGCAGGAUCAGAACGACCAGGAUACACCUCUGUCUCUUGAGGCAGACGAUGAUAAUCCCCAUAUUCUCGGACCAGCAGUCACUGGGGACAAUCAUGUCUUGGCUGACUAUCUAUCUAAUAUCUCGGGCGGCCAAGGAAUUCGUGAGAUCCGGCCGGUCCAGCCAGGCAGUUCUUCAUCCCCGGUCAUAUUCACGAAAGUACAGAAAAGACCGUUGGGCCUUAUGGUGAAUUCUAGUCCGGCACUAGACAAGCUUCAAACCAUUGAAAAGCUCGUGGAGCCAUGGGGCCCACAUCUGAUAGACCUAUAUUUGAGAAAGAUUAACCCAUGUCUUCCACUUUUGGAGGAGGCUUCCUUUCGUGUGCAAUACACAAAUGCCAGACACCGCAUAUCCCCUGCGUUGUUAGCGUGCUUAUAUGCUCACAUGCUUACUUACUGGCAGCAUGACCCUCUUUUAUCCCGCGAAAGAUGCCCAGAUGUUCGAUUCGUUUGGAAUCUUGCUAUAGAAGCCUCAUGGUCAGAGCUGUACGUUUCUGCUGGAAUAUCCACCAUAAAGGCCAUCCUACUUGAUGUCGGUGGCCGUCCAACCACAUCCAUGACCGGCAAUGGUGUGAGGCUUGGCUCAGCCGUUUCCCUGUGUCAUUCUCUAGGGUUGAAUCGAAAUCCAUUACCAUGGGAUAUUCCACAAGCAGAGAAACACCUCCGCAUGAAAAUAUGGUGGUCAGUCUUACUUCAUGAUCGCUGGUCAAGCCUUGCUUAUGGAACACCUCCCCAUAUCCGCAGAUCCCAGUACGAUGUGCCCCUGCCAAUAUCUGACUACUUGUCAGAUUGGGAAAGGAGUCCAACAGCGAACGCCGUUUUCGUCGAACUCAUGAAUCUGACCGAUGUGCUAGACUAUUGUCUCGAACAUAUAUACAGCAUCCGCGAAGCCCAAGCGCCGACCAGAAAUCUUGAGCUAGAAUUGAAUAAAUGGGUAGACUCUCUCACAGGGGAUAUACGGAAGAUCAUCAUCAGGGGUUCAAAUCUAGACAUACCCGGAGCUUCGAACCUUCGUCUGGCAUAUCUCGCAACAAGACUCCUUCUGCGACGAAUCGAUCUAGAUCGAGAGAGACAAGCACCCGAGUCCAAUGCAGAGCAAAUGGCCAAUCGGGUUAUGGAGGCCCGCAGAACUGCAGAGGACAUUGUGGUUUUGGUCCAAGAACUUGGGGCAACGCAGUUGGGUGACUUCUGGAUGCCUGUUGUAGCGUUUACCUUUUCUGCAACGGUAACAUUCCUGAUCCGGUGUGCGUUAGAGACGGAACAGCCAGCAGGUCUUGCGCACAGCCCCUCGCUUCAACUGGCGAACGACUUGCUAUCUUCGUUGCGAUCUCACCAGAAGAACUUUGGCUGGGAUCUUGCUGAUAUCUGUCUUGCUCAACAUUCGGAUGUGAUAGAAAAGCUGUUGAGCUCGGAACCACCGAUCGCCGACCCCGAUGAGACAAGCGUAGAUCUUCGUCAGCAUUUUGUGCCGGAUAUGGCUUUUCUCGAUGAUAUGUUCCCAAGUACCUGGGAUAUACUGCAGAUUCUGUGA